AUGGGGAGCAAACAGACCAUCUUUACAUCCCAGCAACUGGACGCAUAUCAGGACUGCACUUAUUUCACCAGAAAAGAAAUUCUGAGAUUGUUUCAUCGAUACCAUGAUUUAGCUCCACAGCUCGUGCCGCUGGACUACACAAACCAACCGGAAGUGAGUUUGCCCUACGAGCUGAUUGGCAGCAUGCCGGAGCUGAAGGACAACCCAUUCAGGCAGAGGAUCGCUGAGGUUUUUUCAGAGGAUGGAGAAGGAAACAUGACUUUGGACGACUUUCUGGACAUGUUUUCAGUGCUGAGUGAAAUGGCUCCACGGGACCUGAAGGCAUAUUACGCUUUUAAAAUCUACGACUUCAACAACGAUGACUUCAUCUGUAAAUCAGAUCUGGAGAAAACCUUAAAUAAGCUGACGCGUGACGAGCUGACCGAGGAUGAGGUGAGGAUGGUGUGUGAGAAGGUGAUUGAUGAAGCUGAUCUGGACAAUGACGGCCGUCUGUCUCUAGAGGAUUUCCAGCACAUGAUCAUGAGAGCGCCGGACUUCCUCAGCACCUUCCACAUCAGGAUAUGAAGAUCAUCUGGACACUGGACCACAGGAAAAUGACUUUCUAAAGAUGAUGUAAGAGCUUUCGGAGCAGAUUCAGAAGUCAAGAAAUAAAGAAGG